AUGCCUUUCAUCCAGUCCAAUCACCAUAGUCUCCAUUACUCAGACUCCCACCCCGAGGGAGUCCCCUCAUCUGGCCAGACAUUCAUAUUCAUCCACGGCCUGGGUUCAUCGCAGAACUACUACUUCCCUGUGAUCCCCCAUCUCACCGCCCACCGCUGCAUCACAGUCGACACCUAUGGCGCAGCUCGAUCCCCCUACACCAAUGACCCAAUCUCUAUCCCCGGGAUCGCAGCAGAUGUCAUCGGCGUCCUCGACGCCUUGGACAUCCCCAAAGCCGUCGUCGUCGGCCACUCAAUGGGCGGGCUCGUCGUGGCAGAGCUCGGCGCACGAUAUCCAGAGCGCGUGUCCGGCGUCAUCGCCAUCGGCCCGACCCAUCCAUCUGAGACCCUGGUCUCUGUGAUGGAGAAGCGCGCCGCGACCGUGCUCGAAGGUGCGUUGUACAACCACGUUGCCAGUAGCCAAAUCUGA